AUGGGGUUACCAGUUUUGUUUUUUCAAGUUUUGUUGUUGGUGUGUGUUAAGGUGCAAGGUGGAGAUAGUGAUGAUGGUAGGAACUUCAUUACUUGGGAUGAUUUCAUGGUGAAUGAACAUGGUAUCGCCUCCAAUGGAGGGGGUCGAGUUAUCGUGGUUGAUCAAAGUGGUAAUGGAGAUUCAACAACUGUUCAAGGGGCUGUGGAUAUGGUUGCUGAAAACAACACACAAAGGGUGAAGAUAUAUAUUUAUCCUGGAACUUAUAGAGAAAGAGUGCAUGUGCCGAAAAGCAAGCCGUUUAUUUCAUUUAUAGGUAAACCUAAUAUAACAAUGAAUGGCAAUGAACGAAAUGUAACAGUUAAUGCCAAUGCAUUAAAUGUUACGGACAUUGGCAAUGCCAUACCAAUUAUCACAAACAGUACUAAGGCAUCAGACAAAGGCUCAGAUGGUCAAGAAAUGGGCACUGUUAGUACAGCAACUGUAUGGGUAGAAUCUGAUUUGUUUUGUGCCACUGCUCUUACUAUUGAGAAUUUGGUAGAUAAAGAUGCAUAUAAACGUCAAGCAGUAGCGUUGCGUGUAGACGGUGAUAAAGCUGUAUUUUACAGAGUUAGGCUUGUGGGAGAACAAGACACCCUCUUAGAUAACACAGGAACCCAUUAUUUCUACCGAAGUUUCAUUCAAGGAUCCGUUGAUUUUAUAUGUGGCAACGCAAAAUCAUUGUUCCAUGAAUGUGUACUAAACUCUGUAGCUGAGUUUUGGGGAGCAAUUGCAGCUCAUCACAGAGAUUCAGCUGAUGAAGACACAGGAUUUUCAUUUGUUGGGUGCAAAAUCAAAGGAACCGGAAGUAUCUUUCUUGGGAGAGCUUGGGGAGAGUAUGCUACAACAAUAUAUUCUUAUUGUGACAUGGGUGAUAUCAUUAACCCAUUGGGAUGGAGCGAUUGGGAUAAUCCAUCUAGACAAGAGACUGCUAUGUUUGGGGAGUACGAAUGCUCAGGAAAAGGAUCAAACAGAACUGAGAGGGUGGGAUGGUCAAAAGCUUUGAGCAGUGAUGAAGCUAAGCCUUUCCUUAGCAGAGACUACAUAUAUGGAGAUAGAUGGCUUAGACUAUAG